AUGGGUCACUCCGGAGAGCCGGGCCUCAUAGCCAACGUGGUGAACGACACCUUGGAGUUUUACCGCUGGACUUGGUCCAUCCGAGAUAAACGUGUUGACAACUGGCUUAUGAUGCAAUCUCCUAUUCCAACCUUGAUAAUAAGCACACUUUACCUCCUUGCUGUUUGGCUUGGGCCUAAAUGGAUGAAGACAAGGGAGCCUUUCCAGUUUCGCUUUUUGUUGAUUUUUUACAACUUUGGAAUGGUCCUACUUAACUUCUACAUUUUCAAAGAGCUGUUUUUGUCAUCAAGAGCUCGAGGAUACAGCUAUAUCUGCCAGUCUGUGGAUUACUCCGAUAAUGAAUACGAAGUUAGGAUAGCAGGAGCUUUAUGGUGGUACUACAUAUCAAAAGGAAUUGAGUAUCUGGACACAAUAUUCUUCAUCCUAAGAAAGAAAUUUAACCAAAUCAGUUUUCUUCAUGUCUAUCACCAUUUCACUAUGUUUACUUUAUGGUGGGUUGGCAUCAAAUGGGUUGCAGGAGGACAAGCAUUUUUUGGAGCUCAUAUGAAUGCUUUCAUUCACGUUGUCAUGUACAUGUACUAUGGACUAGCUGCCUGUGGCCCAAAAAUCCAAAAGUACCUUUGGUGGAAACGAUACUUGACCAUAAUGCAAUUACUUCAGUUCCACGUGACUAUUGGCCACACCGCCCUGUCUAUUUAUAUUGAUUGCCCCUUUCCUAAAUGGAUGCACUGGGGUGUCAUUUUCUAUGCCAGCACUUUUAUUGUUCUGUUUGGUAACUUCUACUAUCGGACAUACAAGAUGCCCAAGGAGCCCAAGGACCUCAAGCAAAAAGAAAAGAACGGCAAGAUCACCAACGGCGUAAUAGCAAAUGGUACAUGCAAACAAGAAAACGGUGCAAUUAUGGAAAACGGAAAAGUGCAGAAGAAAGCCAAAGGAGAGUAA